ACCACAGUCUCCCCGUCUGGACAGCCAUUCAAAAUCACAAUCUAAAUUCAAAUUUACUCACAAAAUUUUCGGAAGUGCGUGUGUUCGGGUUUAUAAAUUUAUAGUUUCGCCAAAACAAAAGCCUAGCCUAAAUUAUUUUCGGAAUCAGUAGCAGUAGUGCCCAAGUUAGUUUCUUCCUUUGAAAAUGGACAAGUCUGAUAAGAAUGAGAAAACUGAGAAAUCCGAUAAGUCCGAGAAGCCAGAGAAACCUCCCAAGAUUGCAGGAAACUUCCUUUACAUGUUCGAGUUCGUGGUGGACGACCUGCUGAUCACGCGCCAGAAUCUCUGCGCUCCUGAGGAGUAUCCCACCUGCACGGAGAUCACGUUCCGCUCGUCGGUUUACGUGAAUCUCUGCGAUCGGGAGGUGGGCACGUGUGUUAACCCCUGUUCGCCCAAGUGCGGCAAGUGCGCCCUCUUCACGCUGGACUCCCCCAUUACGGACAAGGAUGUGCUGCAGGUGCAUGUCUAUAAGAAGCGCACGGAGAGCUGCAAGUUCCUGAUAGGAGUGUCGGAGCUAAAGGUGAAGCCCAUCUUCGACAGGGUGAAAGAGUCCUUUGACAUCGAAAAUCCCGACUGGGAAGACGCCAUGCUGGGGCACAUCGCACAGCUGCCCAAGAUGAAGGGUCCCACCAGCAAGGGCCUCCUGGACAACUGUGCCUGCUAUGAGAAGUUGAACGAACGCCACGAGCAGUGGUGUCCCACUUCGGAGUUGUCCAAGCGACUGCUGCCCCUCUUCAAUCUAUGCAAGAUGCAGACUGGCAACAUAGUGCUUAUCCUUCGAUUGGUCUGCAAUGGCCCGACCAUUGUGUCCACGUUCCCCUUCAGCAAGGUUUGCUCCCGCAACCCCAAGUGCCCGGAGCCCUGUUGCGGUCCUUGUGGCCCUUGUGGCCCUUGUGGCCCCUGUGGCCCAUGCGGCCCCUGCCCUCCACCUCCCUGCGGCUCGUGCCCACCUCCUCCUAGCUGUGGCCCACCAUGUCCCCCACCCUGCGACCCCUGCGAUCCGUGCGAUCCCUGCAGUCCCUGCUGUGGCGGCGGAACUGCCACCGGCGGACCCAUGGAUAAGAAGGGCUGCAAGGGCUCGUGUGCCCAGCCUCCUUGUCGUCGCUGCACCAUGGUGGAUCCUUGUGCCAAGCGAGUUGAGCCUCCGGCAAAGUGUCUCAGGUAUUACUCCUGCAAUCUGGACAAGCUCUGUCCCUGUGACUACUGCGAGGACGAGUUCGAUAGGGAAUGCCCAACUGUUCCCACGAAGCGUUGCAAUCUCUCGCCCAUCGAACAAAAGCUGCAGAAAUGCGGUCCCUGCGGCGGAAUUCCACCGUACCCACGCUUUAUCCAGGAGAAGAUGCAGGCCGAGCUGCUGAACAAACCGGAGAAGGAUCCCAAGAAGGACAAGGAUGGCAAAAAGGGUGGCAAGGAUGGAAAGGACGCAAAGGAUGGAAAGGGUGGCAAGGACGACAAGGGCAAAAAGAAGCGUCAGGCAGGAGGAGCAGUUUGCCGCGUAGGAGACGAGAAUAGUCCGUCCGCCGUCUACGAGGACUGCGAUCCUGACUGCUCAGGAGUCCUCCAGGCGACCAGGAAAAUGCGUUACAAGGAGCCCACUGGCAGGUGCAACGGACGGGAGGAGGAGUACGAAAUGGCCUGUGAUGAAGCGCGAAAACGAGCUGUGCGGAAAUUGCGCCACUUACUGGUGAAGUACAAUAUCCAAAUUGAGAAUUGAGGCUUUCGGAAUUGAGAUUUCAGC